AUGGGCCUCACUCUAUUACUUAUUAUCGGUGCCUUAAGUUUCGCAUUUUUCUAUUUGCGACGAAAAAUGAAUUAUUGGAAGGACCAUGGCAUUCCAUGCUUAACACCAUCAUAUAUAUUUGGAAAUCUUGAUGGAGUUGGUCAAAAAAUUCAUUUUACUACAAAUUUGCAAAAUAUUUAUGAGAAUUUCAAGAAUGGAAAUAAAUUGUGUGGAUUCUUCUUUCUACAAAGUCCAAGAAUUAUGGUUAUGGAUUUGGAAUUAAUAAAAAAUAUUUUGAUAAAAGAUUUCAAUAAUUUUAUUGAUCGAGGUGUCUUUCAUACUGACGAAGAUCCACUGUCGAAUCAUUUAUUUGCUAUCGAAGGCGAAAAGUGGCGUAGCCUGAGGCACAAACUAAGUGCGACAUUUACAAGCGGAAAAAUGCGUAUGAUGUAUCCAAUUAUUGAGUCAUUCUCAUCGGAUUUGGUCAAUCUAAUCGAAUCAUUGUCAUCCAAUAAAGACGGAAUUGAUGUGAAGAACGUUUGCACUCGGUUCACAGCCGAUGUAAUAGGUUCAUGUGGCUUUGGUUUGGAAUGUAAUGCGAUGCGUGAUGAAAAUACCGAAAUGAUGAGAAUGGGAAAAUUCUUUGACAUAACAGACACAAAAAUUCGAUUGAAUUUCUUUUUUGUCAAUAUUUUUCAAAGCUUUGCCAAAAAAUUGAACAUGAAAAUAACUCCACAAUUUAUCACUGAUUUCUUCCUUCCGAUGAUUAAAGAAACUUUUGAAUAUCGCGAGAAAAAUGAUGUCAAUCGAAAUGAUUUUCUGUCACUCUUAAUGCAAAUCAAGAAAUACGGCAAAUUGAAAGACGAGGAGAUGGAAAAUGUUGGCACGUUAACGUUCAAUGAACUAGCAGCGCAGGCUUUUAUCUUCUUCGUAGCUGGAUUUGAGACGAGUAGCACAACCAUGACAAUGGCACUUUACGAGCUAGCUUAUCGUUAUGAUAUUCAAGAAAAAUUGCGAAUUGAGAUUGAAGAAGUUGUCAGUAGGCAUGAUGGAAUAAUAAGCUAUGAUGCCAUAAGUGAAAUGACAUAUUUGGAUCAAGUUAUAAAUGAAACUUUACGUCUAUAUUCACCAAUUGGACAAUUGUUCAGGAUUUGUGCAGCAGAUUAUGAAGUUGAUGGCAUGAACUUUACAAUUGACAAAGGAAUGCCAAUUAUAAUCCCUGUUCAUGCCAUUCAUCAUGACUCUCGUUAUUACUACGAUCCUGAACUCUUCAAUCCAGAUAGAUUCAGUUCAGAAGAGGUCAAGAAACGUCCACAUUAUUCAUUUCUACCAUUUGGAACUGGACCGAGAAAUUGUAUUGGUGAAAGAUUUGGAAUAAUGCAGUCAAAGCUGUCUAUCGCUACAAUUAUUAAGAACUUUAGACUGUCACUUCAUGAAGAGACGAGAUAUCCAUUGUUGAUGGAUUGUAAAAAUAUUGUUGUGACUGCUUUUCAGCCAAUUAUGAUGAAUGCUGAAAGAUUAAUGUAG